GACACCUGACCUGCUGAACUGGAGGGUACCCAGGACAGGAGGGCCCUGCCCUGAGGGCACAGAGCAAGGCCGGGUGCCAGUGUUUUGGGGAAAGGCCACGUUCAGUCUGAAGAUGCUUCCACUUCUGCUCUUGCUGUUCCUGCCGCUUUCCGGGGCCCUUCCGGUGCAUUGGGAAUCCCCGGAAGAGGAGCCCACGCAAGUUGUUCAGACUUACCUGGAGAGGUUCUACCAGCUGCCACGGAGUGGAUACAGGUCCGUCAGGAGGAACAGCACCAGCGUGAUUGUUGAGAAGCUCAAAGAGAUGCAGCGAUUCUUCGGGUUGAACGAGACAGGGAAGCCGGAUGAGGAGACCCUGGAGAUGAUGAGGAAGCCGCGCUGUGGGGUGCCCGACAACGGGGACUUUAUGCUAACCCCAGGGAACCCCAAGUGGGAACGAACUAACCUGACCUACAGGAUCACGAGGUACACCACGCAGCUGACACAGGCUGAGGUGGAAACUGCCAUUAAGAAAGCCUUUCAAGUCUGGAUGAAUGCAUCACCCCUGACCUUCACCAAGAUCUCCGAGGGAGAACCAGACAUCAAUAUUGCUUUUUUCCAAGGAGAUCAUGGUGACAAUUCUCCAUUUGAUGGACCUGAUGGAAUCCUUGCUCAUGCCUUUCAGCCAGGCCAAGCCAUUGGGGGAGAUGUUCACUUCGAUGCAGAUGAAACAUGGACCACAAAUUCCAACAAUUAUAAUUUGUUUCUCGUUGCUGCCCACGAAUUUGGCCAUUCCUUGGGGCUAUCUCACUCCACUGAUCCGGGUGCCUUGAUGUAUCCCAACUAUGCUUUCCGCGAUCCCAGCACCUACACCCUCCCUCAAGAUGACAUCAAUGGCAUUCAGGCCAUCUAUGGACCUUCAAGCAACCCUGUCCAACCAACGGGACCAAGCACACCCACAGCCUGUGACCCCAGACUGUCAUUUGAUGCCAUUGCCACCCUUCGUGGAGAGAUCUUAUUCUUUAAAGACAAGUACUUCUGGAGAAGACACCCCCAGUUGCCAGAAGUGGAUCUCAACUUCAUCUCUCUGUUCUGGCCGGCCCUGCCGAAUGGCAUCCAGGCCGCAUACGAGGACCCAGACAAGGACCUAGUUUUCCUAUUCAAAGGCAGCCAGUACUGGGCUCUGAGUGGCUAUGACAUUGAGCCCGGGUAUCCCAAGGACAUCUCAGACUACGGCUUCCCAAGCAGCGUCCGUGCAAUCGAUGCAGCUGUUUACUACAGGGGAGAAACCUACUUCUUCGUAAACAACCAAUUCUGGAGAUAUGAUAACAAAAGACAGUCCAUGCAAACGGGUUAUCCCAAAAACAUAGCAAGCAUCUUUCCAGGAAUAGAAAGUAGAGUUGAUGCAGUUUUCCAGCAGAAUCACUUCUUCCUUUUCUUCAGUGGACCAAGAUACUAUGCAUUUGAUCUUAGUGCUCACAGGAUUACUAGGAUUGAAAGAAGUAAUAAAUGGCUUAACUGCAGAUACAGCUAAAGCAAAGUCACACGUGUCUUCAUCUGUUUCCUGCAAAUGAAAGGAAAGUCUUGUUUCCAUUUUACGUUGUCCUAUUUAUACUUUUCUCAACAUGAAGUAAUGUCUGCUAUCACUGUCCUCACUGGGCCUGGCUUCCGUGUAGUCUCCUGUCUACAGGGCUGAGUUAGUUCUAAUGUUUUCCAUCUCAAGAGAGGAGAUGAAGCCUUCUCUGUCACCUCAAUAUUCACUAUUUUGACACUUAUCGGACUUCUAAAAUGCUUGUAUAUACUUAAGUCUUCUUAAACGUGGCUUAAGGGUAUCAGCUACAUACAAUUUAGCACUGGGUUUUGGUGAGACACAGAGAUCAUGAUCAAUGUAAACAGACCAUCUUGCUUUUACUGAAAACGUGGUGCUGUUUUCCAGUCUUGGAAAAAAAUCUUAUUGACCCAUGUGGUGGGUUGAAUUGUGUCCCUCCAAGAAAGAGAUGUUGAAGGCUAGUCCUAGGUGCCUAUGAACGUACCCUGUUUGAAAUUAGUUAAAAUGAAGUUACACUGGAGCAGGGAGGGCCUUGGAAGGAGAGGGGCCACACAGGUGCUUAGCGGGAAGGUCAUGUGAAGGUAAAGGCACAGAUUGGGAUGAUGCAUCUACAUGCCGACACCAGCCGGCCACCACCAGAAGCCAGCAAGAGACAAGGAGGGAUCUUGCCCAGAGCCUGCAGAGAGAAGAAUUUCAUCUCCCAACACCUUGAUUUUAGAGUUGUAGCUUCCAGAACUGUGAUAGAAUAAACUGCGUUUUUUUUAAGCAA